GCGGGUGGUGCACUCGGCCGCCUUGGAGAGGCCUGGGAGGUUGAUGGAAGCGCGGGGGUUCCCUUUUGGGUGCGCGAGCGAGCCGGCUCUGAGCAUGUGCAGAGUGCCUCCCACGGGCGAGGCCCUUGGGUGGAUGGAGCGGUGAGGUGGAGAUGAGGAAUGCGGGGUGUGAGCAGCAAGGUGCGUCGGGUUUCGGGGUGCGCCUCUGGGGCGUCCUGCGCCAAGCCUCACUGCUGCAUUUGAAGCGCCGAUCCCAGCUGCGGGGAGGCGGAGAGGGCCCGGCGCUCUGCACACGCCCAGAGGCCCACAGGUCGCACUUCCCACGCCGACGACGCCACCAUGUGCUUCCGCUUCCAUGUCUACCUCUCUGUGCGCCUGCAAGAUGCUCCGCCCCUCUAGCUCCUCCCUCCGUGGGGCCAUGUCGCAGGAGGGCGGCGCCCGGCCAAAAGCCAAGCAAGAUGCAGGUCCUGGCGCCCGUCCCGCCGGCCGCUGGAGAGCCCGAGCGAGCCGAUCCCUGGAGAGGCAGAGCCUUUCGCCGCUGGAAGCGGAAGCAGACGGAGGAGGCUCCUCGGGGUCCCCGGAGCCCGUCGGCAAAGGGGUGGGCCGUUCCUUGCGCCAGAAGCUGCAGGCAGCCGUGGGGCAGUGCUUCCCUCUCAAGAGCGCCUCCCGCUCACCGGACCUCUCCGUGCAGCGCAAGAUCCACUUGCGGGAGCUGAUGCUCGACACCUGCCCCUUCCCUCCUGGCUCGGAGCUGGCGCGCACCUGGAACCUCAUCAAACAGCACACGGCGCCCGUCUCUGAUCACGAGGCCCUGGCCGCACCGCGCUCUGACGACGAGGAUGACCGCCUGCGGGAGCGCCGGCGCAUCAGCAUCGAGCAGGGCGUCGAGCCACCCCCGGAUGCCCUGAUCCACACCUUCGAGGUGACGGCGCAGGUCAACAACCCCCUCUACAAACUGGGGCCGAAGCUGGCACAUGGCAUGAGCGAGCUUGCCGGCGCUGGAUGGGCGGCGCUGGCAGCUACGGACGAGGAGGACGAAGAAGAGGAAGAGGAGGAGGCUGCGGGGUCCUCUUCCUGUGCCGUGGGGCUGCCGCCUGAUGUGCGCAUCCACACCCAGAUCGACUACAUCCACUGCCUGGUUCCUGACUUGCUGCAGCUGACGCAGCUGCCCUGCUACUGGGGCGUGAUGGACCGCUACGAAGCAGAGGCGCUGCUGGACGGGAAGCCCGAGGGGACGUUCCUGCUGCGCGACUCGGCGCAGGAGGACUACCUGUUCUCGGUGAGCUUCCGCCGCUACGGCCGCUCCCUGCAUGCCCGCAUCGAGCAGUGGAACCACAACUUCAGCUUCGACGUGCACGACCCCAGCGUCUUCCACGCGCCCACCGUGACCGGGCUCCUCGAGCACUACAAGGACCCCAGCGUGUGCAUGUUCUUCGAGCCGCUGCUCUCCGUCCCCGUCAACCGGACCUUCCCCUUUGGGCUGCAGCACCUCUGCCGCGCCGUCGUCACCUGCUGCACCACCUACGACGGCAUCGGCCGCCUGCCCAUCCCCAGCACCCUCAAGGCGUAUCUCAAGGAGUACCACUACAAGCAGAGGGUUCGCGUCCGGAGGCUGGACGCCUGGUGGAGCUGACCGGAGAGCCUGUGGCUCCCAUCUCCAGCUGGUUAGCUCUCUCCCGCCACUGCCUAUUUUACUCCGAUACUUCUGUCCCCUCGGCCCCCUAGCAGACAUUCUAAUCCAUCCCGCUGCAGGGUUUCAAACGUGGGCGCUUUCCUCCGCGAACCAGGUUUCGUUCCUGCUGCCGAAUUGCGUGGCUCGCUUUCGAGAGACGGUCUGGGAACCUACGGGGAGGACUUGCGUCUGCAGAAGAGGAGUGAAGAAGCAGGACUUUGGUGGCGCCGCUGCCAACAGCUAGGAAGGGACCUUGGAAGCAGCCUUAUAGAGUCUACACUGACUGGCAGCAAUGGCUGGCUGGCUAGGGUUUCGGGCAGGGGACGCUCUGAGCUGGACAUAAAGGUGCCGUUUGGGAUUGAACCUUCUGCAGGCAAAGCAGGUGUUCUGCCAGCUGGAGGACCCCUGCCUCCCCUUUGCCAUUUCCUACUCCACCAAGUGUUUAUGUGUCUGUCAAGUGCAUUAACCAGGUUCUGGGUGCAACCUUUGCCUUUCGAGAAACUUCCAGUCACACGCAGUGCCCACACCUCCUCUUUCCCCAGGAAGGAGAUACUUCAGCUGCGGUUCCUGUACCGCUGCGGGUUGGGCUAGAUAAUGACCCUUGGCGGUCCCUUCCAGAUCUACGGUUCUGUGACCCAGUUGUCUUACGCACACUCUUAUUCCUGAGCUCACACCACUGCCGAAUGGGAACUGGGUGGGGUGGGGCGGGGCUGGUCAGUGACCAACCAUUGUGGGUGGCUGGGGAUAAAAAAGCACAAAACUUUAAACAAGAGUUGCUUCUUCCAAGACAGGCUUUGGAACAAAUUUCACGCAGGAGGGGAAUGGACCGAGACUCUCUUAUUUGGCAAGAGUCCUCCUCUCGACUUGUCUUUAAUCCAUCCCCACAGGCCUGAAUCCUGCGCUGCUGCCUUUGCUCCUGAUGCAAGGGUGGCAGGGGGGCUGAGGAACUCUGAGGCAGGAUGGCAAAGGCUUCCUAACUGCGAGCUGCUCUCAGAGCCAAAGGAGCAGCUUUUGGCAAAUCCAGCCAGUUUGCCACUGGACUUUCCUCCUGCCAAUGUGGAUCAGCUAAGUGGCGAUGCUUUUAGAAAAAUGAACUGCCGAGGUGGUAGUUUUUGAGUGGAGGGGCGGGUUGAAUGAAAUCUAGGUCUUGCACUCCCUUUUACUGCCAGAAAAGGACUGCUGCUGCCUUCUGUCUCACUGUGUGUGUGUGUGUCUUAUUAAACAGCUUUCUUUUUUUGUCUACACCUGCUUGCAAUUAACUAUUCCCUAGCAUCGCAUCCUGGGAACAGUGCAGGGAGGAAGAUGUGGGUGGUUCAGAUCCCUGGAUCUCAAGGAAGUGUAUGCACUCAGAAAACACAGAGCCGGUGCUUGUUAGUGCACAAUGUAAGAGCCUGCCGGAUCAGGUCAACGGCCCAUCCAGUUUGGCAUCCUGGAGGCAGAGCAGAGCCAUCCUGGCUAGUAGCCACCGAUGGCCCUCUCCAUGAAUUUGUCCAAUUCUCAUAUAGAGUCGUUCAAGUUGGUGCCCAUCACUGCGGGAGGGAGUUCCAUAGACUGCGCCAAAGCUGGGACAUAGCACCUUGCAGGGAAAAGGCACUUGAAAUGGAUGCUGGAACCAACACGCACCCUGCUCUGCAUCUGCAACUAGUCCAGAAUGCGGCAGCUAGACUGGUGACUGGGAGCGGCCGCCGAGACCACAUAACACCGGUCUUGAAAGAUCUACAUUGGCUCCCAGUACGUUUCCGAGCACAGUUCAAAGUGUUGGUGCUGACCUUUAAAGCCCUAAAUGGCCUCGGUCCAGUAUACCUGAAGGAGCGUCUCCACCCCCAUCGUUCUGCCCGGACACUGAGGUCCAGUACUGAGGGCCCUCUGACGGUUCCCUCGUUGCGAGAAGCCAAGUUGCAGGGAACCAGGCAGAGGGUCUUCUCGGUGAUGGCGCCUGUCCUGUGGAACGCCCUCCCAUCAGAUGUCAACGAGAAAAACAGCUACCAGAUUUUUAGAAGACAUCUGAAGGCAGCCCUGUUUAGGGAGGAUUUUAAUAUUUAAUUGUUUUAGUUCAUUUUUCUGUUGUAAGCCACCCAAUGGCUGGGGAAACCCAGCCAGAUGGGCGGGGUAUAAAUAAUAAAUUAUUAUUAUUAUUAUUAU